AUUUGCCAGAAACAAGACCCCACUUUUCUUGAUCUCUCUAUCUCACACUGGCGUAAUCAAAGGUUCGAUAAUGUCCGAUUUUAUCUUAUAGGGAUUGGGUCAUGGCCACGAAGAAAGUCAUAGCAAUAUGCCAGUCAGGUGGAGAGUUUGUGACGAAUAAAGAUGGAUCGUUAUCCUAUUCGGGAGGCGAUGCUUACGCAAUAGAUAUCGAUCAGAACACUUCGAUGAAUGACUUUAAGUCGGAGUUGGCUGAAAAUUUCGGGUUUAGUUGGGAGAUUAUGACACUCAAGUACUUUCUUCCAGGAAACAAGAAAACCCUAAUCACCAUAUCCAAGGACAAGGAUUUCAAACGCAUGGUCAGUUUCUCCGCCGAUGCUGGGAGCGUCGAGAUCUUCGUCAUUCCUGAGGAAGCCACCGCUAGGAAUGUAUCCAACAUGCCAGCCAGUAGGUCAAGUAGGACAACUGCCUCGGAAGCUGUGGUACCUGUAGUAGUUGCAGGCGAUGAUGUUGUAGGAGAAGACAUGACAAAUGAUUUCCAAAUCGAAAUGGCAAUGCCAAUGCCAGACGAAAGCCCUUUGCCGUGCAAUUUCAUUCUGACCGACGAGAAACAUCACAAAGCAGCACAGCAGUGGGAAAACGCCAUCACGGGCGUCGAUCAGAGGUUCAGCAGCUUUACCGAAUUCCGGGAUGCGCUUCACAAGUAUUCAAUCGCUCACGGGUUUACCUACAAAUACAAGAAAAACGAUAGCCAUCGUGUUUCCGUGAAAUGCAAAGCUCAAGGUUGUCCAUGGCGGAUUACUGCAUCGAGAUUGUCAACCACCCAAUUGAUAUGCAUCAAGAAAAUGAACCCGAGGCAUACAUGCGAGAGAGCAAUUGUUAAAGCGGGUUAUCGGGCAACGAGGGGUUGGGUCGGAAGCAUCAUAAAGGAGAAGUUGAAAGCCUUUCCGGAUUACAAGCCAAAGGAUAUUGCUGAGGACAUAAGAAGAGAGUACGGAAUUCAAUUGAAUUACUCGCAAGCAUGGCGAGCGAAAGAAAUUGCCAGAGAACAGCUCCAAGGCUCGUAUAAGGAGGCAUAUAGUCAGCUACCCUUUUUCUGCAACAAGAUCAAGGAGACGAAUCCCGGGAGUAUUGCCAGUUUCAUGACAAAAGAAGAUUCUAGCUUCCACCGUCUUUUCAUUUCUUUCUAUGCUUCGGUAUCCGGGUUCAGACAAGGUUGCCGCCCUCUCCUUUUCCUCGACAGCGCUGUCUUAAACUCCAAAUACCAAGGAGUUUUCCUUGUUGCCACGGCUCCCGAUGCCGAAGAUGGCAUAUUUCCGAUAGCUUUUGCCGUUGUGGAUUCCGAGACCGAGGAGAACUGGUGUUGGUUCCUUGAAGAACUUAAGUUGGCGCUGUCUGAAUCCCGUGGGAUCACAUUUGUUGCGGAUUUCCAGAAUGGUCUGAAGGUCGCAUUGUCUCGGGUCUUUGAGAAUGGACACCAUGCCUACUGUCUACGCCACCUCGCCGAGAAACUAAACAUGGAUUUGAAGAGGCAGUUCUCUCACGAAGCAAGACGGUUUAUGAUCAACGAUUUUUAUGCGGCUGCUUAUGCCCCGAGACCCGAGGGCUAUUCCCGCUCUCUGGAGAAUAUAAAGAGCAUAUCGCCAGAUGCAUUCACAUGGGUUGCGGAGAGCGAACCGCACCACUGGGCCAAUGCCUUGUUCCAGGGAGAUAGGUAUAACCAGAUGAACUCAACCUUCGGGCUAGAUUUCUACAGUUGGGUAUCCGAAGCACACGAGUUGCCGAUAACCCAGAUGAUCGAUGAACUUCGAGCGAAGAUGAUGGAAUCGAUCUACACCCGUCAGGUGCAAUCCCGGGAAUGGGUCACAGCCCUCACACCGUCCAACGAGGAGAAACUGCAGAAGGAGAUGGAACUCGCUCGGUCGCUCGAGGUGUUUCCGCCUCACGGGACCUUGUUCGAGGUCCACGGAGGGGAAUCCAUGAUCAACAUAGUGGAUAUAGAUCAGUGUGACUGCGACUGCAAGGCGUGGAGACUCUCGGGAUUGCCCUGCAGCCACGCCAUUGCAGUGAUCGGGUUCAUCGGGAAAAGCCCUUACGAGUAUUGCUCCAGAUACUUCACGGUAGAGAGUUACCGGUUAACGUACGCCGAAUCGAUCCAGCCUGUUCCAAACAUAGACAGGAUGACGGAUGAACCGGCGGAAGGGGGGGUUUCGGGGACGCCGCCACCGACGAGGAGGACGCCGGGAAGGCCGAGGACGAGGCAGGUGGAGCCGUUGGAUAUGAUCAAGCGUCAGCUUCAGUGUAGUAAGUGUAAGGGCUUAGGUCACAACAAGAAGACUUGCAAAGCUGAUUCCUUUGUUUAGGACAGGACACAUCCUAUCCUACUUUCUAGAUUAGUUUUGUUUGUUGUCUGAUGGAUAAUUAUAGAUUUUAAGAUAUGUUGAUUUGGUUGGGGGUUUAAUGACUUUUAUUUUUUCA